AUGGUUUGCGUUCCUUGUUUUAUCAUUCCGCUUCUUUUAUUUAUAUGGCAUAAGUUCAUUCAGCCUUACGUUCUGAGAUUUUGGAACCCAUGGGCUGUUAAGGACGCUGACGGGAACGAAAAGACUGAAUUCCCGUUUAAAUGUGAAGGAGGAGUUUGUAUGUUCAGCAAAAAAAACAAGUCCACUAUUGAAGCGAAGCCCGAGGAGACAGAAGAAACGAAGGGUUUGAAUCAACGUCUUAAAUCUGAAUAG